CAUUACUUCCUUGCACAGAAGACUGAAAAGUCAGACUUGGGCUUGUCACCACAUUUCCUGUUUGCAACAGAAAAAGGCUGAGAAGAAACAAAAAUAGAACAGAAUAUUUUCAGGUAUUCAGGAGUAGCUGGAAUAGAACUUUGCAGACAAUGAGAACCUGGUGAAAACCUUUUCAAUGGUACGGAUUCUAAGUUGCUGCUGAUAACGAAUAGUACAGAGCAAUUCUUUCUGGGUUGUGGCAGACAGCAUAUUGUAACUAUUUUCAAAUUCUUUGUAAAACUGGACAUGCAUAACAGAAUAGAAUGUACUUACUUGUAUAGUGUAACACUUCAUAGCAGAAAACUUAUUUCAUAAAGUCAAUUGAUGCACUGCUAGAUCAUCAUACAGCAGCUGUAAAGAAAAGCCAUUUCAUUUUCAACAGUUUAAGGUUCUUCUCAUGCAAGUAAUGCAUUCAAGCGGAGACCUUUUGACAGCGUAGGAGAGGAAAAUAAAAUUCCAGUUUGCAAACAACUACACAGAAAAAAUUUUGGUCCUUAUGAUCAUUAGUAAUAGACCAGUCAACGUCCAUCCAACCUAGGGCAGCUGGCCAAGAAUCAUCUACCUGGUCAUCAGAGACAUCAAUUUAACAUGGGUGAGCACACAUUUUCAAAUGUUGUAUGCCACUUGCAGUAAUUCUCACUCUUGCUGUCAUAGCCCUUGUUAUAUCAAUUGGAAUAAACAUUCUUCUUUACAUAACAUUACGAAAAGAAAGACAAAAAGUCGAUUAUGAAGAUUAUCAUAUGAGAGCAAAUGUGGAAUAUUCACAUCCAGAGGAAUGUGGUGUUCCAAGUUUUCCUCCCAUACAAUAUAAUGAUGAGAAUCCUAUUUAUGGAAAUAUAAAUCCAGACACUGCUGAAAGUGAUGAAGUAUGUUAUGAACUCAUGAACAAACAACACAGAGCAGAAAACAAACCAAAGGCAGAUGAAGAGCAUUUUAUGUGUUAUGCCUCACUUGAUCACUCAGCAGAAAAAAAACGGAAAAAGAAAGGAGGGAGAAAACAAACUUCUGAUGAGUUUCUAGAUAUAGAUGUGGAACAGAAGAUGCCAUCAAGAACCAACAGCACUCUGGCUUCCAGGAACAGCAUCUACCUCAACAGCCAGCAGUUAAAAGAUUCCAAUGGAGAUGAAGCAAUUCAUGAGGAUCCUGUCGUACUUCUAAGCAAGAUUAAUGCAAGUCGUUUUUCUGAGAGUAGUUAACCUUUUUACCUUUUUUAAAUUAUUCAUUUUUUAAUGUAAAACUCAAUAACAAAGUUUACUGCAUCACUGCAGAACCAACUCUGGUUCUGAUAAUAGGUCCUCACAAACCACACUCACUUGCACUGAGACAAUUUAGAGUUUAUAAUAAAGCUAAUUUACUUUACCUUAAAUUGUGGAAAUAACCCAUCAUACCAAGAGAUAAUCCAACAAAAUAUGUAGUAUCCCUACUGGCAUUGCCUAAUCCUACAGUGCCAACCAGUGUGUCACUUUAUUUACUGAACCAGUAAAUAAUCAUGUAUGAUGGUACAUACAGGCAUCAGUGAUCUGGUUUGACAGAUUAAGUGACAGAAAAUCAUACUUAAAAAAAUGUAUAAAAAUUAAUACUGUCACUUCACUGAAAAAACAAACUUGGUUGUAUUUGAUAACAUGGGCUAUACUUAUUCUAUAUUAGGAAUAUCACAGUAGGCAAGUCAUAAAUGAUAUCCAACAAAAUACAGCCAUAACAGGGGAGACAAAUUUAUCCAUCCAUCCAUCCAUCCAUUUUCCAACCCGCUGAAUCCGAACACAGGGUCACGGGGGUCUGCUGGAGCCAAUCCCAGCCAACACAGGGCACAAGGCAGGGAACCAAUCCCGGGCAGGGUGCCAACCCACCGCAGGACAUACACAAAUACACCCACACACCAAGCACACACUAGGGCCAAUUUAGAAUCACCAAUACACCUAACCUGCAUGUCUUUGGACCGUGGGAGGAAACCGGAGCGCCCGGAGGAAACCCACGCAGACACGGGGAGAACAUGCAAACUCCACGCAGGGUGGACCCGGGAAGCGAACCCGGGUCUCCUAACUGCGAGGCAGCAGUGCUACCACUGCGCCACCGUGCCGCCCGAGACAAAUUUAUAUUUAGUUCUAUUUAAAGCAAUCAAAUAAAAUACAAUAAAAGCAUGCAGCACACGCUUAAUUAAUUAAUUUCCUCCUUAAACACACUUUUACCUUUUUCUGCUCUUUGUUUUUUUUUUUAAUUCUGCACAUACUUUUAAACAAUAGCAGAGAUUUCAGCACACUGAUAAGUGUGGGUAAAGGGCAAUGCUAGAAAGAUAGACACGGUUAGUGUACAGACACAUUAAUUUGGGAUUAAAUUAAAUGUGAACUAUGGCAUUGGAAGUGCACACAGAGUAGCAAAUCGAAUUUCAAACAAGUCUGAAGGAACAGUGUGGCACAGUACUAGCUACUGCUGUUUAUAAUAUCAAUAUUUUUUGUAAAGUUGACACUUGUGAGGGUUUUACUAAAAUGCUCAUUUGAGCCAUCAACUCUUGUUUAAUUUGAAAUAUAUUGUUCAGAGUUACACGGGCAUGCAUUGCCAAGAUUGCUCAUUUAAUUAACAAAGGCAACAAUGUAUUGUAAAUAUGCAUUAAACCACUGUCUAUAUUAAGUCAUAGAAUUCUUAGCUUGAAACAUUGACACUGAAGUGUCUAAUUUUGCUAAAGCAGUGUUUUCUUUCUCGACUAAAAAUAUUUAAACAGUAAACAAUUAAAAUAAGUACAGUCCAACCAUCUGUCUUCUUUAUCAGCAUUGUUGAGUGCUGGACGGAUAAGAUGUCCAGGAGUAAAUCCAGGAACCAACUUUGGAUGUGAUGCCUCUUAUGACAGUAGACAAAAAGUAGUUACCAAUUAAUCUACUGGAGCAUAUAUUUAAUGUGAAUAGAAUGUAGUAUGAACACAGGAAGAACAUGAAAACUCCACAUAGAUGGUGAGCAGGCCAGGCCAGUGUUCAAAUUCAGUUCUGUGGAACUGUGAGUUGGUAAAUAAUGACCAUUGCUAUACCAUGUCACUUUUCAGUCAAGUUUACCUGUAUGUUGUGAUCAGUUACUGGAGUUUUACUAUGAAAUACUUCAUCAAGCUAAUUUACAAGUAUUUAAGAAUUGCUGAAUUUUGUCAUUUUAUUUACAUUUGUUCAUUGUGGACUCCAGAUUGAGUGUAACUUCCAACAUAUAAAGUAAUAAACGGAUCAAAGCAAUCUUGUGUCAUAAAAGUGUAUGGUAGCUCUAGUAGCUAAAAUGCUUAUAGUGAAACCCAAGGGGUAGCCAAUGGUAUCCCUGAGCACUUUGUAUCUCUUAAAGGGCCAGAUCUCACAGCCUUCAUGCUGCCCAUGUCUUCAAAAGAGCAACUCAGUCACAGCUAUGGACUUUAUUGGCCAGGAGGAAUUGUGGCCUCUUUCCAUUACUCAAAAGUAUAGUCAUUGCUGUGUUGCCUGCGUGUAGGCAUUGUGGAGAACUUUUUCACCUAUCCUACUAGGGCAACAAUCCAUUUCUGUGGUAACUUCAGGGGUUUCCCAUUCAGGGAUAUCAGACAUGACACAAUCUUUCAUCUCAUAGCAGUCACUUAAAUUCCCACACAGAUAUGCAGAGAUGCUCAGGUAGGAUGCCAUCUUGCCACCCUGUUAUACAUAUAUCAAAGCUGCAACGGGUACCCUGCCUCUUGGUAGCAGUACCGGUACGCUGAUGGCCAUUCAGGACAACUGGGCAACAGACAACUCAGCUAAAAGAUAACUGGUGCGACAGACAACUCGGCAAAACGACAAUUCGACAAAAAGACAACCUGGCAAUAUCCUUUACCAGUUAGGUAAUAGUUAGGUUCAAAGAGAUUUUUUAAUGAUAUUUAAAUGACAACGUAGGGCGCCAGAAAAUCCACAGAAUCACCUACUUUAUGAGAGUCCCAGUACGUUGAGAGUAAACAUAUUCCUUAAGCAGGUCACCUUUUGUAUGCUAAAUAACGUUAUCAUACGAUUACAAUCAAUACAAUUUAUAUAAAGGAUUAGCAAUUUUGGUUGCAGAAGAUAAUGUAAGAUAGAGUUUGUUCCAUCUGCACAAUAAAGUUCGUUCGUCAAUUAUAUAAAUUUAUUUUCAACAUUUUA